AUGGCCAAGUCGAGGGUUGCCCCACUAGCAAAGGUAACAGUGCCACGAAUGGAGUUAACAGCCGCUACUGCUGCUGCACGGAUGAGCAAACUGAUAGAACAUGAUCUUCAGUACCCUAUUGCAGAAACAGUAUUUUGGACAGAUAGUAUGUCGGUCAUCCGAUAUAUCAGAAAUGAGACGACACGGUUCCACACAUUCGUGGCAAACAGAGUCACCACCAUCAGAGAAGCUUCGAACCCAGAACAAUGGCGUUUUGUCAAUACCAAACUCAACCCAGCAGAUAUAGCAUCAAGGGGAGCAACAAUGACUAAAUUCCUGUCAAAUUGGACCAAGUUGAAAAGGGUUACUGCCCACUUCAUCAUCUUCCAAAACCACCUGAGAAACAAGAUAAACAUGAGAAAAGGAAGCAAGCCUGUGAAAUUGGAACUGAACAUGUCGAGAGACAUUCUCGAAGAAGCAGAGAGGUCAGUAAUCUCCUAUGUACAAAGACAAACUUAUGGAGAAGAGAUUACUUGCCUGAAACGGAGGAAAUCAGAUGGGACUGGAUUGAAAUCCAUGCCAAAGACAAGCACUUUGUUCAAGUUGGACCCAAUACUUGAUGAAGGCAUUCUACGUGUUGGCGGCAGACUAGAGAGAGCUCAACUGCAAUACAACGCCAAACAUCCUGUGAUUAUCCCAAAAACCUCUCCACUGGCAAGAUUGAUCCUAGAAUAUGUCCACAGAUUAACUGGUCACUCGGGUAAAACAGCAAUGCUAGCUACAUUGAGACAGAACUACUGGAUCCCAGGUGCAUCAGUGCUUUUGAAGAGCAUCACGUCAAAGUGCGUGCUGUGCCGGAAAUACAAGGCUGUGACCCAGAUUCAGAAGAUGGCUGACCUGCCGGCAGACCGCCUAAUCCCAGGAGAUCCUCCCUUUACUAAAGUAGGUAUGGACUACUUCGGACCGUUCCAAGUCAAACGAGGACGGGCAGCUGUAAAACGGUACGGUGUUAUCUUCACAUGCCUGACUAGUCGUGCUGUGCACUUGGAAAUCGCUCAUUCACUAGACACGGACUCCUGCAUUAAUGCGAUUCGGCGAUUUGUAGCUAGAAGAGGCCCAGCAAAAGUCAUUCUGUCAGACAAUGGAACGAAUCUUGUUGGCGCUGAGAGAGUAAUGAGAGAGGCGAUAGAAGAUUGGAACCAGUCGAAAAUUAAAAAAAAACCCUGCUUCAACAGAACAUAG